ACUGCGCAGGCGCGAUGCUACCUACCGGUCGGGGAAGUAAUGUGGCUACUGUGCGUGUCAGCGGCGGUCCUGGCAUGGGGCUUCCUCUGGGUUUGGGACUCCUCAGAACGGAUGAAGAGUCGGGAGCAGGGCGGACUGCUGGGAGCCGAAAGCCGGACUCUCCUGGUCAUAGCGCACCCUGACGAUGAAGCCAUGUUUUUUGCUCCCACAGUGCUAGGUUUGGCCCGCCUAAGGCACCGGCUGUACCUGCUCUGCUUCUCUGCAGGAAAUUACUACAAUCAAGGAGAGACUCGUAAGAAAGAACUUUUGCAGAGCUGUGAUGUUUUGGGGAUUCCACCCUCCAGUGUAAUGAUUAUUGACAACAGGGAUUUUCCAGAUGACCCAGGCGUGCAGUGGGACACAGAGCAUGUGGCCAGCGUCCUCCUCCAGCAUAUAGAAGUGAAUGGCAUCAAUCUGGUGGUGACUUUCGAUGCAGGGGGAGUAAGUGGCCACAGCAAUCACAUUGCGUUGUAUGCAGCCGUGAGGGCCCUGUACUCAGAAGGAAAGUUACCUAAAGGGUGUUCAGUGCUCACGCUUCAGUCUGUGAAUGUGCUGCGCAAGUACAUCUCCCUCCUGGAUCUGCCCUUGUCCCUGCUUCAUACGCAGGGUGUCCUCUUCGUGCUCAACAGCAAAGAAGUGGCACAGGCCAAGAGAGCCAUGUCCUGCCACCGCAGCCAGCUCCUCUGGUUCCGCCACCUCUACAUUUUCUUCUCCCGGUACAUGAGAAUCAACUCAUUGAGCUUCCUCUGAAGCCUUGAAGGUUUUUCAGAUCCAAGGAACAAAGGGGAAAAUAGACAAAGGAGUGCAAGGGACCUGGCCUGGUGCUGGCUUAUUUGCCUGAGCUAAAGGAGAUCCCUGCUAAAGCAGCCUCUGCAAAAGGGAGCCCAUGUAGGCCAGGGGCUGUCCAAACUCCAACUUCUUCCCCUAGGAAAAAACCCAAAGAACCAAAAGCAAACCAACCCAAGGAUAAUAAUAGCUACACCGCUAGCUUCUCAAGUUCUCGUGAGAAACAAUUUACAUAAUGACAGUACAUGUGGAGCACCUAGCCCAGUCCCUGGGCAGGUCCCUAUUAUCAUAAAUGACUGUAAAAGUGCUGUAAAAACGCUCCA